GAGACGCAAGUUGGGGAUGUGAACACAAUGAGCGUAAACCAGCAAGCUCACUCUGGGCCACCUUAUGGGCAGCCCCAGCCUGGAUAUCCCGGAUACCCCCAGCCUGGCUAUGGAGGGCAGCAGAUGCCUCCCUCCUCUCAGUAUGGUGCUUACAACGGCCCAGUGACAGGAUACCAGCAGAUGGGCCCUCCUCAAGGUUACUUUCCUUCUCUGGGGUUUCCUUCUAAGGGCUCUCCUGUUUCUUUUGAUUCUGACACUUCUUUCACACCUGAUUUCAUAGGUUCUCUAAGAGCCCCUGCUGCCUCUGGAGCCCCUCCUCCCACCUCUGGAGCUCCGGUUCCUCCCGGACAGCCUGCUGGCAGCCAGUUUGGGCAAGGAGACGUGCGCAACGGGAUUCCAGCUCCUGCAGUCUCCAUGCAAAGACCUUCUGCCUCUCAGCAGCAAUACCUGCUUGGCACAGCCCCUGCUUCCGUUUCCCAGCCAGCUGCUUUCCAGUAUGCAUCACCUCCAACAAGCACACAGCAGCUGACCAAUCACAUGGCAGGAAUGCAGAUAGGCGGUGCUCCAGCUUCAGCUCCUCCCCCAGCUGGCCUGGGCUAUGGUCCCCCGACAUCAGUUCCACCUGCCUCAGGAAGUUUCAGUGCAGCUGGAUCUGGGCAAUAUGCAUCUUAUGCAAGCCAAGGACCCCUUCCCCUUAACCUGCCCCACGGAUUGCCUCCUACUGGCUUGUCUCAGGGUCUUCCCAUGGUGCAGCCUGCUGUCUCUGGUCCUCCCUCAGCCCUCCACCUUCCCUCUCAAGCGCCCGGCUUUGUCCCACCACCGGUCUCUGCUGCAGCUGGAGUUUCCAAUUACCCUCCUGCGGCUGGAACUUCAAGGCCUCCGAUGAUGCAGGGCUCAUUACCUGGACAGGUGACUACCGGACUGCUGGCUUCCCAGCCGAAUCAUGCGACUUCACCACCACCACCACCACCCGCUGGACCGCCCAUGACCAGCUUGCAAGGACCCCUGCCUCCCACCCAUCCUUCCCAGCCAGGAUACCCGCUGCAGCAGAACGGAUCCUUUGGGCAGAACAGAGGCGCCCAGCCAAACUACAAUGCUGCUUACUCUGGGCCAACAAGUUAUGGGAGUCAGCCUGCAGCCCCGCCUCCACCAAAACGUCUUGAUCCAGACUCCAUUCCGAGCCCUCAUCUCAAUGAGCUGCCACCUCAGCAGAAACCCAGACACAGAAUAGAUCCCGAUGCAAUUCCUAGCCCAAUCCAAGUCAUUGAAGACGACAGGAAUAAUCGUGGAUCGGAGCCAUUUGUCACGGGAGCCCGUGGGCAAGUCCCGCCCCUUGUCACUACCAAUUUCUUGGUUAAAGAUCAAGGGAAUGCAAGUCCUCGCUACAUAAGAUGCACAUCCUAUAAUAUCCCGUGUACCUCAGAUAUGGCUAAGCAGUCCCAGGUUCCUCUUGCUGCAGUCAUGAAGCCGUUGGCUACUCUACCUUCGGAAGAGGCUCCUCCUUAUUUGGUAGACCAUGGAGAAUCGGGUCCUCUCCGGUGCAAUAGGUGCAAAGCCUACAUGUGCCCUUUUAUGCAGUUCAUCGAGGGUGGCCGAAGAUUCCAGUGCUGUUUCUGUAGCUGCGUCACUGAGGUGCCAUCUCACUACUUCCAGCACUUGGAUCACACAGGCAGGCGAGUGGAUUACUAUGACAGGCCGGAGUUAUCUUUGGGGUCCUAUGAGUUCUUGGCCACAGUUGACUACUGCAAGAAUAACAAGCUUCCCAAUCCCCCUGCCUUUGUUUUCAUGAUUGAUGUGUCCUACAAUGCAGUCAGGAGUGGCUUGGUAAGGCUGAUCUGUGAAGAGCUGAAGACUCUCUUGGAUUACCUGCCCAGGGAAGGCAACAUGGAGGACUCCGCCAUCCGGGUGGGCUUUGUCACCUACAACAAAGUUCUGCACUUCUACAAUGUGAAGAGCUCCCUAGCCCAGCCUCAGAUGAUGGUUGUGUCAGAUGUAGCAGACAUGUUUGUGCCUCUCCUGGAUGGUUUCCUGGUGAACGUGAAUGAGUCUCGCGCAGUUUUCACCAGCUUGCUGGACCAGAUCCCUGAAAUGUUUGCUGACACAAGAGAAACGGAAACCGUGUUUGGUCCAGUGAUUCAGGCUGGCCUGGAAGCACUAAAGGCAGCUGAAUGCGCUGGCAAGCUCUUCAUAUUCCACACAUCAUUGCCAAUUGCGGAGGCUCCAGGGAAGCUGAAGAACAGAGAUGACAAGAAACUGAUCAAUACAGAUAAAGAAAAGACUCUGUUCCAGCCUCAGACCAGCUUCUACAGCAACUUAGCUAAGGAAUGUGUAGCCCAAGGGUGCUGUGUGGAUCUCUUCCUUUUCCCAAACCAGUACUUGGAUGUGGCUACCCUGGGAGUGGUCCCUUAUCAGACCGGGGGCUCUGUUUAUAAAUACGCCUAUUUCCAGGUGGAGACGGACCAAGAGCGCUUCUUGAACGACUUGCGCAGGGAUGUCCAGAAGGAAGUGGGCUUUGAUGCUGUGAUGAGAGUGCGCACCAGCACUGGUAUUCGAGCAACAGACUUCUUUGGCGCCUUCUAUAUGAGCAACACCACAGAUGUGGAACUUGCAGGCCUGGACUGCGACAAAACCAUCACUGUGGAAUUCAAGCAUGACGAUAAGCUCAGUGAAGACAGCGGAGCUCUUCUUCAAUGUGCUGUGUUGUAUACAAGCUGUGCGGGGCAGAGGCGACUCCGCAUUCACAACCUCUCCUUGAACUGCUGCACGCAGCUGGCUGAUCUUUAUAGGAACUGUGAGACAGACACUCUGAUCAACUUCUUGGCCAAGUUUGCGUAUCGUGGACUUCUGAACAAUCCUGUCAAGGCUGUGAGAGACACACUGAUCAAUCAAUGUGCCCAGAUCCUGGCCUGCUACCGGAAGAACUGUGCCAGCCCCUCUUCUGCAGGACAGUUGAUUCUUCCUGAAUGCAUGAAGCUGCUCCCUGUAUAUCUGAACUGUGUUUUGAAGAGUGAUGUUCUGCAGCCGGGGUCAGAGGUCACUACCGAUGACCGUGCCUACAUUCGCCAGCUGGUCACCACCAUGGAUGUGGCAGAAACAAAUGUUUUCUUUUACCCCAGACUCUUGCCUCUGACCAAAGUAGACGUCAACAGUGACUCCUUACCAACAGCAAUCAGAAACUCCGAAGAGCGCCUCUCCAAAGGUGACCUGUACCUGCUAGAAAACGGGCUGAACGUUUUCCUGUGGGUAGGAGUAAAUGUUCAGCAGGGGCUGAUCCAGAACCUCUUUGGAGUUUCAUCUUUCAGCCAAAUCAGCAGUUCUAUGUGCACACUUCCUGUUUUGGAUAACCCCUUUUCAAAGAAAGUUCAAUCCAUCAUUGAUAUGUUCCAGGCUCAAAGAUCGCGUUAUAUGAAGCUUAUGAUUGUGAAGCAGGAAGACAAACUAGAUAUGCUGUUCAAACACUUUUUGGUGGAAGACAAGAGCAUGAAUGGGGGGGCUUCGUACGUGGACUUCCUCUGCCACAUGCACAAGGAGAUUCGCCAGCUGCUGAGCUAGAGGAAGAGGAGGGAGUGAUGCUGGAUUUCAACCUUGGCACUUCUGUCCUUGCUCACCACUCGAAGAAUGGGCCCAGUUCCUUUGAGAAGAACAAUAUAGAAACCUGUACAAUUCCAUAAUUUUAAUACACUGUGCAUAAGCAGAUUUUCAGUAUCUCCCAAGCCCUCUCGAAAGAACAAGACAUGGACAGGCGAAACACCGAUGCAGGGUGGAGGACAAGACUUUGAGCUCCCAGUCUUAAAUCUGCAUUCCUCUGCUUGGCAGGAAUCUGCACUUCCUCCCACCCCAAUUCCAGUACAAGAAAUGUCUCUUGAAUUCCGUUUGACAUGAUUCAGCAUCAGGUGGUGUUCGUCUGUAAACAGCAGCUGCAGCCUUGAUGUGUGUGCGCAUGACAGUCAGUGAAAAGGAGCAAGGCGUCAGCUAGCGAGGGAGGUGGCUGGCAGGCCCUGUGCAGCCCACGGGUAGGGUGGCAUACAAAUUAAUUGAGUUGUGGUUGUCUAGAGACCAUCUCACCUGUGCUGUGAGCCUGGAGACAGAGAGAGAGAGAGAGCAAGCUGGCCUUUGUCGCCAUGGGGUUGCUGGGUAGGCCUGCCUCAGAAAAAGUAAGCGAUUAGGAGAGGGUGCUGAUUCUGUCUUUGGAUUGGUGUGCACAGGUGGUGCUGCCACCUUUUUGAAGGAACCAGCAUCCCUGUUUAUGCCCACAUCCUGUUCCCUUGAUGCGUUACCUCCUGUCCCUCUGCUGGGGUUUGCUCAGAACACCCUCUUAAGGGUAAGAAGGCCGUGCUCUGCUCCCUUGUGGUUUACUUUGAAAGGUGAUGCUGAUACCAAGGUGUUGAAUGGAGCCCAGGCUUAUGCUUGGGGCUCCCCUAGACCUGGUUCAUCUAAGCAGCAGCUGAGAAGCAUCAACAAGUCCGUUAGCACCACAGAGAAGGAAUUAUUCCUAUCCAUAGUGAUGAGUUUUGGAUCGUCUCGCUCUGGAUUCUGAGCCUUAAUAGCUCUGAAGACUUUGGCCAUGGGCAGUUUCAGCAUAUGGCUCUGGAACCAUUAGAUCCCAUAUGGUUCAGCAUAUGGCACUGUGGAACCCUGAUAUCCCAAGUGGUCACUACUGGCCGAGUAGCAGGAAGUCUGCUUGUGUUGCACCUCAGACAGCAAGUCCGUAUGGUUUACAACUGGCCGUUCUGAGUGGUUUUGCUAGGGGUGGGCAAAACAGGUUUCUCCUGAGACAAGUUUGAGAUUUUAGAAUUCUUAAGGGCUGAUGAAUUUUCAAAAGGAAACGUGAUUUUACUUUUAAGUAAAUGCUGCACUUCACAGUGUUGCUGCAGUGCCCAGGAUGCACUGCAGCAGCUGCACUGACAUGUAAACGAAGAACAAGGCAGGGAAGGGGUGGCUUUGGGCACCUGGCGGGCAAGACCGUUGGAAUCCUUGUGCACAAGACCGAUUAAAUAAUCCAGGUGUGUGGUUUCUAGUCCCAUGACCUUCUAGAGUGUGUGCUUGUGUUUGUAGAUAUUAUUUUCCUUCUAUUGCAGCCAGUGGGUCUUCCCUUCCCUUCCAUUUCUUUCUUCACAUAGACAAGGGAAAGCCAGGAACUGUAACUGGCCUCAAGUUGUGGAGCUUUUCAGCAGCCUUGCUCAGAUUGGCAAGUAGGGCUGAGAUGUUUUGUCCCCCCCCCCCUCCGAACACACAUCCUGUCUCCAACCGAAAACCUAGAAAUCAGAUGAAAACUUGCUUCCCAAAACAAGGUUCAGUAACCAGAUUUCUAUAACACAGACUUCUAGAAUUAAUAUAACAAGAACAAAAAUAAGAUCACAACACUUUUCUUUCACUUUUUUCCAAUGCAUCUCUUAAUUUGUAAAAAAAUAAAAAUUAUAUUAAGAUGUAUUUUAUGUCAUUGUUAGUUUAAAUAAAUACUGAUUAUUUUUUCCCAAGCCCUGUAUUUUGGGGAAGGGGAGAGGACUGGUGUGAGGGUGAUUCGAUCAUGUUUGGUGGCGAAUAAAGCUGUCCUUUGCAAUGAA